UGUGGGCUUUUGGAAAGUCACUUUCUGUCUGUCCUUUCAUAAUGAUACAUGCACCCUAUACAUCAGCCAUGAGGAGCAUACAACAGAAACACCUUUACUUGACCCUGGUGGCUUUACUCUGGACCUCUUCUUUGCCUGCUACAGGUCAAUAUGAAUGUAGGCUGAAGUCUGGCCAGAAAAUCUUCAGAGAGAGAUCCAAUAAAAACUUCACACUCCAAGAGCAACCUCUGAUACAACUGACGCCGCUCAGCAGACAAAUCCAUUGUCAGGACAUAAGAGAAGUGAAACUAGAGUGCUCUGUCAACGAACCCUACAAAGUGGAGUUGUAUUCAGAAUACUUUGAAGUCUUAGGCACAGGUAAUUCUAUCAGCUACUCGUUUCUCAUCCCCAUCUGUGAAAAAACGGAACAUACAUUCACCUGUCAAGUGAUAGGCCGCCAAGAAUUAAAACAAAGUACACUGGAGAUAACUACAGGAGCUCCUGAUUGUAACGAUGAUGUAUUUGGUACUGGAAAUCUUGGCCAGAUGGCCUUCGGUUCCUGUGAACGUGACGAGGUGGGAGAGAGGAAAGGAGUUUGUCAGGAAGAUGGAUCAUGGAGAGAAGUUGAAAACAACUGUAUCCUACGACCGGUUCAGGAGCUGCUCCUGCAGUCUGAGUUGUUGGAUGCCAAUUCACUGCCAGGUUUCUUGGACACACUCAGCGAUGUCACCGUCAACUUCACUGAAGAAGUGGUUAAAUCUCCCACAAACAUAAAUGCCAUUGUUGAUAUACUCAGCAAUGUUGCAAAUACAUCCCUACCUAUUAAUAGUGACUUAGCAAAGGAUAUCCUUCUCACUGCAGGUGUCCUCACCACAUAUGGUGCAUGGAAAACCUGGGAGUCCCUGAACAAUGGCUCAAGAAAUGAGUCACAGAUGAGAAGAAUCUACACAUUCUUGCAGUCACUGGAGAAUAUAACAGUGUCAGCAACACAACCGUCAGCUACAACAAUUAACGAACUUUCCUUUGUCCUGGAUAUAGACUUUGACGAAUCCUUCAAUGAAGAAUCAAAUGAUGUUUUCAUCAAUGCAAACAGAGCUAUUCAAACACAAUGUCGGACUCCACAAUCAUCUUGUCAGUUAAGUGGAUUCAGACCGGGAAGCACCAUCGGAGAUUAUACCAUAAGAGGAGCUUCAUUAUCAGACACAGAGCUUCAAGCUAUACAAACAGGGAUAUUUCUAAACCUGUCGGAAACCUACCCUAUAAUAUUUGACAGUCAGUCAUCCUUAAAGUUGGAACCGACUACAGUUAUCUCACAGCAAGAGGCAACUGUGACAUGUGGUCCUCCUCCAGCUAAUCUCAAUUUAGGAACCAACUGGACAGCAGAGUGGAGGUUUAACAACAAUCCAAUAAGCAGCAAUGAAGACCUCUAUGAAUUUUCAAAAGUGAAUGAAGAAGCAGUGUUAACUCUGAAAAGAUUCUUUGGUACAGACAUUGGUCAAUAUGAAUGUAGGCUGAAGUCUGGCCAGAAAAUCUUCAGAGAGAGAUCCAAUAAUCAAAGCUUUACACUCCAAGAGCAACCUCUGAUACAACUGACGCCGCUCAGCAGACAAAUCCAUUGUCAGGACAUAAGAGAAGUGAAACUAGAGUGCUCUGUCAACGAACCCUACACUGUUGUGUUAAGAAACUCGACUAAAGUCUUAGGCACAGGUAAUUCUAUCAGCUACUCGUUUCUCAUCCUCAUCUGUGAAAAAACGGAACAUACAUUCACCUGUCAAGUGAUAGGCCGCCAAGAAUUUAAACAAAGCACGCUGGAGAUAACUACAGGAGCUCCUGAUUGUAACGAUGAUGUAUUUGGUACUGGAAAUCUUGGCCAGAUGGCCUUCGGUUCCUGUGAACGUGACGAGGUGGGAGAGAGGAAAGGAGUUUGUCAGGAAGAUGGAUCAUGGAGAGAAGUUGAAAACAACUGUACCCUACGACCGGUUCAGGAGCUGCUCCUGCAGUCUGAGUUGUUGGAUGCCAAUUCACUGCCAGGUUUCUUGGACACACUCAGCGAUGUCACCGUCAACUUCACUGAGGAAGUGGUUAAAUCUCCCACAAACAUAAAUGCCAUAGUUGAUAUACUCAGCAAUGUUGCAAAUACAUCCCUACCUAUUAAUAGUGACUUAGCAAAGGAUAUCCUUCUCACUGCAGGUGUCCUCACCACAGAUGGUGCAACGGCGUCCUGGGAGUCCCUGAACAAUGGCUCAAGAAAUGAGUCACAGAUGAGAAGAGGCUCCACAUUCUUGCAGUCACUGGAGACUAUAACAGAACUUUCCUUUGUCCUGGAUAUAGACUUUGACGAAUCCUUCAAUGAAGAAUCAAAUGAUGUUUUCAUCAAUGCAAACAGAGCUAUUCAAACACAAUGUCGGACUCCACAAUCAUCUUGUCAGUUAAGUGGAUUCAGACCGGGAAGCACCAUCGGAGAUUAUACCAUAAGAGGAGCUUCAUUAUCAGACACAGAGCUUCAAGCUAUACAAACAGGGAUAUUUCUAGACCUGUCGGAAACCUACCCUAUAAUAUUUGACAGUCAGUCAUCCUUAAAGUUGGAACCGACUACAGUUAUCUCACAGCAAGAGGCAACUGUGACAUGUGGUCCUCCUCCAGCUAAUCUCAAUUUAGGAACCAACUGGACAGCAGAGUGGAGGUUUAACAACAAUCCAAUAAGCAGCAAUGAAGACCUCUAUGAAUUUUCAAAAGUGAAUGAAGAAGCAGUAUUAACUCUGAGAAGAUUCUUUGGUACAGACAUUGGUCAAUAUGAAUGUAGGCUGAAGUCUGGCCAGAAAAUCUUCAGAGAGAGAUCCAAUAAUCAAAGCUUCACACUCCAAGAGCAACCUCUGAUACAACUGACGCCGCUCAGCAGACAAAUCCAUUGUCAGGACAUAAGAGAAGUGAAACUAGAGUGCUCUGUCAACGAACCCUACACUGUUGUGUUAAGAAACUCGACUAAAGUCUUAGGCACAGGUAAUUCUAUCAGCUACUCGUUUCUCAUCCCCAUCUGUGAAAAAACGGAACAUACAUUCACCUGUCAAGUGAUAGGCCGCCAAGAAUUAAAACAAAGUACGCUGGAGAUAACUACAGGAGCUCCUGAUUGUAACAAUGAUGUAUUUGGUACUGGAAAUCUUGGCCAGAUGGCCUUCGGUUCCUGUGAACGUGACGAGGUGGGAGAGAGGAAAGGAGUUUGUCAGGAAGAUGGAUCAUGGAGAGAAGUUGAAAACAACUGUAUCCUACGACCGGUUCAGGAGCUGCUCCUGCAGUCUGAGUUGUUGAAUGCCAAUUCACUGCCAGGUUUCUUGGACACACUCAGCGAUGUCACCGUCAACUUCACUGAGGAAGUGGUUAAAUCUCCCACAAACAUAAAUGCCAUUGUUGAUAUACUCAGCAAUGUUGCAAAUACAUCCCUACCUAUUAAUAGUGACUUAGCAAAGGAUAUCCUUCUCACUGCAGGUGUCCUCACCACAGAUGGUGCAAGGGGAACCUGGGAGUCCCUGAACAAUGGCUCAAGAAAUGAGUCACAGACAAGAAGCUCCACAUUCUUGCAGUCACUGGAGAAUAUAACAGCUCGCAUUACUGAUGUCUCUUUAGCAAUUGACACACCUUCUAUUCUCUUAAACAAAACUACAUUCACAGACUCUUUCAAUGCCAGCUUUAAUUCUUCAGUGACAAUAGUUAUAUCAGAACCUGGUGAAGGAGAGAAGAAUAUCACUGUGAUGACAUUUGCUUCAAUGCAUAACGUUCUCCCCGCGAGAGACGAAGCAAAUUCCUCCAGAUUUGACAUCAAUGGGAGAGUCGUUCUUGUUCAGACCAGCAUUGGAAACAUCCCCAUUAAUAACAUUUCCUUUACAUUUAACCUCAAUAACACUUCACUGGUGAACCCACAGUGUGUAUUCUGGAACUUCAGCCUCUUUGAUGAUCGCGGGGGAUGGGACAACGAAGGCUGUAUGCCUGUAGAAAUUAAAAAUGGAAGCAUCACCUGCAACUGCAACCACCUGACCUCCUUCUCCAUCCUUAUGUCGCCCUUCGUUAACUGCAAAGUGUGUUCUCUGAUAACAUUUAUUGGAGUUGGCAUAUCCAUGGCCUCCUUGGUCAUAUGCCUAAUAAUUGAGGCUGUCAUAUGGAGAAAGAUUAGAAGGAACACCACAUCUUACCUGCGCCAUGUCUCCAUUGUUAACAUUGCCGUGUCUCUCCUGAUUGCAGACAUUUGGUUUAUCAUAGGGGCUUCUAUUUCAGAAGCACCGGGUGAUAACCGUGACGCAUGCUCUGCAGCUACAUUUUUUAUCCAUUUUUUCUACCUAGCCAUGUUCUUCUGGAUGUUAGCCUCAGCCCUUCUGUUGCUUUACCGCAUAGUCAGUGUCUUUGAUGGAGGUUUGUCCAAAAGAUCCAUGCUGGCUAUUGGAUUCUCUGUAGGCUACGGAGGGCCUAUUAUCAUCGCGGUCAUAACUAUAGCUGCCACUGCACCCAGUGAAACGUACACACAAGAUAAAUUCUGCUGGCUCAACUUUGAAGAGUCCCUCGCCAUAAUAGCCUUUGUGUUGCCUGCUCUGACGAUAGUGCUGUUUCACCUCAUCAUCUUGAUUGUGGUAUUAUUCAAAAUGCUGAGGAGAAGGGCAGUGGCAGAUUCUGCCCAAGCAGGUCAGAGGAAUGUUUUAUUGGUUAUUGCAAGGACCCUGGCUGUCCUCACACCAUUAUUUGGAUUAACUUGGGGUCUGGGAAUUGGAACCCUGGCCGACCCAGAAAAUCAAGGCAUCCACAUUGCUUUUUCAUUCUUCAAUUCACUGCAGGGUUUCUUCAUAUUGGUGUUUGGACUGCUGCUGGACAAAAAGGUGCGGUCAGAAAUAGCAAUAAAGUCACAGAUAUCCGGAAGUGGCACCACGAGCACCAGUGCUGGAAACACAUCGAGUGCAUUUGGAUUUCUCCAGCUCUGGAGACGAGGAAGAGAUGGUAACAACAUCUCAUCCAACGACUCUAAUGUGACUCAGUCUCUCAACCCUUCAUAAUGUUUGCAGAGCGCUUCAACCAGUCCACUCUGAAAGACAACCAACGGAGCUCGACACUUUUUCUCCAACGUUACGACAACUAAUCAUGAAUACAGUUUUCUUUUUAAAGCUGCUGCACAGCUUACAACUCUGUUAUACAUACAAGCAUUUAUAUGUAUGUUAUUACAUUCAUUUAUGUUGGAUAAAUAGUAUUAAUUAUCUUCUUUGAGAAAGGAGUUUCAUGUACUUGCUAUAGGUCAGGAGAUAUACACGGGAAAAUGUGUGUCGUCAUUCUCAUUUCUGACCACUAGAGGCAGAAGUGCACCGAUAUUUUCUUUCAGGUACUUUAAUUUCUUGAUGCACUUAAAAAAACAAAACAUGUAGCUACAUAUAAAAGGCAUUAAUCUUAAUAAGUGAUCUUAUAUUACUGUGUUUUUGUCAUAUAAUAAAUACUUUCUGAAUGCAGAGACUUUAAUAACCUGUUUUAUACGUCUCACACACACACACACACACACACACACACACGCACGUGGUGGUGACUGAGUCUGCAGAGACCUUGUCCUCUGACUGGAUUUUUAUGUUUUGGUUUGCUUUUGUUGACUCUGGCUGGUUCUGGGUGGGGAGUUGUUGUGUUUCCUCCAGCCAAUGAUAGCGCUCAGAUGAGUUUAGGAGUGGAAACAGUUCAGCAAUUGGGUGCGAUUUCCUACCUGUGAAUAUGCCAGACAUGGGUGUAGCGGCAAAAAAAAAUAUAUAAUCAUAGUGAGGCAGAUAAAGCUCGUUCUGAAAGAAGGUUAAAUCUUUCGUCUUUCACCCUCAGACAUGGAGUUUUUCCCCUUCCUGUUGGACAGGCAGGUGCAAACACCUGCGGUUAGCUUGUGUUAGCGUGCCGUAGCUUGCAGUGUAGGUACAAGCAGUAAACGUACACACUACGUCUUGCAGUGAGUGUGACCUUCUGGAGGGGGCGAUGAGCCCAGGAGGAGGGGCCCAGUUUGAAUGUUGUGUUUACAAGCUGCAACAAACAUUUCUACUGACUCCUUCUUUAAGGUCAUCUUGCCAGUGUACAUGUUGUUGCCAUGCAGUUAUGCAAUUGUUUAAUUUGUUUUUACCAUAUAUGUUCAUUUUCUUUUAUUAUCAUUUAAUCUUUUUAUCAUUUCAUUCUUAUGUCAUAUAGUCGCUACGACUUUUGUUUUUUAUAAGCUGUAAGUCAUUUUGUUAUUAUUGACUUACGUUCUGCCUUUUGAUUUGUUAUUUUGAUUUGUUACUGCUUUUCAUUUCUUGUUUUGUUUAACCGGAUUUGAUGAGUGAUUUUUGAUGUUAUUGUUUUCCGGUUUGAUUUUUGAUUUGUUUCUGAUUUUUUGAUUUAUAGUUUAGUAUGUUUUAUGCGUUUGACGAACAAAUUCAAGAAUGUGCAAGAGAGGGUGUCGAAAGAUCAGAAAGAGUUAUGCAAUUGUUGAAUUUGUUUUUACCAUAUAUGUUAUUUUUCUUUUAUUAUCAUUUAAUCUUUUUAUCAUUUCAUUCGUAUGUUUUUUUUGGCUUUUAUAUUUCCUGUCAAUCCUACACAUACCCGCGGUGCCUAUGCACCUGUGAGGUCAGGAUAAGUGUGCCAUACAUUGAGCAAAACCACAUACGAGCUCGUAGGUGUAUAGCGUUUCUGUGAAUCUGCCUGGUUCACGGUCUUCAAGCUAAAACCACAAACUUAGUAUCACCUGUGUUACCUUGUAUGCUUUGACAUUAAAACCACGUAUGAACUUGG